AUGCGAAGCAUUGCGGGCCUAGUGUUCGCUCUCCUAGCGCUCCCGGGCGCCCUGGGGCUUGCGGAGUCCCGAUGCACGGGCAACGCCACGAGCACCAUACACGGUUUCAAAUUCACCACCAUUGAUGGCUCGCAAGAGAUCGAACUUUCCCAAUACAAGGGGAAGAUCGUCAUCGUCAUCAAUGUGGCGAGCUUUUGAGGGUUGGUUUUCCAGUACCCCUUGCUGAAUGCACUACGCAGGGAGUACGCGGGAGAUUUGGAGGUUCUGGCCUUUCCAUGCAACCAGUUCAAUCUACAGGAACCGGCGUCUAAUGAUGAGCUGAUGAACCUGUUGCGGUACGUCAGGCCGGGUGAUGACUACGUGCCGACUUUCCCAGUGUUUCAAAAGCUGGAAGUGAACGGGGCGAACGAGCAUGCGAUGUACACACACCUAAAGAGCUACUGUCCGACAGUCCAAACUCGCAUCGGUGAGAGGAGCUCCAUGUUCUGGGACCCAGUCAGCGUGAAUGACAUCACGUGGAACUUCCAGAAGUUUCUGAUUGACGCUGAGGGCGUCCCAUACAAGCGCUUCGACCCUCCGACCCUCCCCGCGCAGCUUAAAGAUGACAUCGACAUGUUGAUUAAAAUGAGAGAUAGUAAUAUGGCCACUUCGCCCCCUAAGGUUGAAACGUCAACUGAGAGUACUAGUGGGGCAACUUCAUCCAAGUCAUUCUGGUAGACAAGAACAGAAUCGAGUGAUAAUUUAAAAGAUUUUUUUAUUAUAAAAUUGUCUGUGAAAUGUCAGCAAAGAGAACAUCCUUAAUCAUAAACUAUAAUCCCACUUCUCUUGACUGAAAAUGCUGAGUGGUUUUUAUUUUAUUUAAUAAUGUCUAUAAAAUAUGCCAAGACAGUGAGCCACAUAAUGGAAUGAUUGAAUCUUUAGAAUGACUCUUGGUUUUAGUUCGGCAACGUCUUGAAACACGGUUUAAUUUUUUUUUUUAUCCAUCGGCCCCUUUCGAAACAACGGUGUUUGCCUUGGAUUUGGCUUCAGGCUCCAUUCUCUCGUC